UUAAUGCUAAAGAAGCAGGCUUCCUGUGGAGGAAACGAUCACAGAAUGGGCAAGGCUUGCUCGAGACACCGUGUUCCCAACAUUUCUUUGAGUCACCUGGCUGCAAAGCAGACAGCAGACGUUUUGUGGCCUUGAGAGAUUUCCUGAUGGAUCUUGGCUGUCUUGAAUGCUGGUUGUCUUACAGCAGGAAAUCCAAAUCUGAUGCUCCCUGACAACGGACAAAUCACUGAAAACACAGUCUGAACGUUUUUGUGCUUUCUUUGUGUGAAUGAAUGGUUAUGCCUGAAGUCAAGUCUGGAUUCCAAUGUCAAGUGUUUGACCAACAGAGACAUGUCCAACAACAGCUGCAACCUCCCCAUGGACACAGAUACGGUUGGCCUGACCUGCAUCUAUGGUCUGAUCUUCUCUUUGGGUCUCCCCAGCAACUUGUUGUCUCUAUGGGGACUGUACCAGCUGGGUCGCUCAGGUGGGGGAGGCUGCCAACUGGUCUACAUCCUCAACCUCCUGCUGUCCGACCUCCUCCAGCUGCUCACGCUUCCAAUGUGGAUCCUUUACCUCCAGGGUGGCCACCAUUGGCCUUAUGGACAGCUGGCGUGCGAGCUGGUGGGUUACGUGUUUUAUGUAAACGUCUAUGCCAGUGUCAUGUUCCUAUGCCUGAUAGCGCUGGAUCGCUGUCUGGCCAUCGUGUAUCCGCUGAGCAGCCGCCGAGUGCGGACGGUGAAAGUAGCAGCGGUGUCGGGGGUAGCGGUGUGGUUAUUCACCUUCCUGUUCUGCCUAUGUGGUCUGCUGCCGUCGGUGUUUGAUUCCGACAGGCUGCUGUGUCUGGAGCAGUACCCAGUCAGUACCAGAUUCGCCCAAUUCAAGAUUGCAACGGUGGUCCUCGGUUUCAUGUUGCCAUGCACCAUACUUGGUUACACUUCAGCCCACAUUGGUGUGACCCUCCGACGAUCACCUUCUGUCUCUGACCAUGAGCGGCACAAGAUCGUGGGCAUCCUGGUCAUCAUCACUGUUAAUUUCAUCGUGGUGUUCGGACCCUACCAUCUGGUAGGUGGGUACAGGUUCGUGUUCUUACUACUGACGGAUGAACCCUGUGGAAUGGAGCGCUCUAUCUUCCUUGUCUAUCGCCUGUGCUAUGGUUUGACCAGCCUCAACACUCUACUGGAUCCAGUCUUCUAUAUCUUUGUGUGUCCCGAUGCUCGUCUAGAGCUGCAGAGGUCCCUGCCCUGCUUGGGGAAUGUGGACAGGACCCGUAAACAACGGGCUUUCACCCCCAGACCUCACUCAGUCAUCCAGAGUGGAACUGGACAAAAUAAAUCUGUACCUUAUAAACUGGAAAAAAUCGUGGACAUAGCAGCUCCUGGUGUUUAGUUAAAGAAACUGUUCCCUGCACUGGAAACUCUAGUGUGUUUGUUAUUUUCAGUGUGACCUUCCAAAAACUAGAAUUGGUCUGUGGCAAAGAAACCACAAAUUACAGCAACUUACAUUGUUAAGUUGCUUAUAACAAACAAGAUAUUAUAGCUUUAAAUUGUCUGAAAAACACUUUUCAUCCCUGGUAGAUUUGUAACAAUAAAUUUCUCUUAUCUCAAAACAAAUAAAGAAUUGGGAAUGUAAUCCAAACAUUUGUUUGAUUAGAUCAUAACAUGAAAAUAAACUGUUUGAUAUUUGUAUCCUACAAAGCUCUUUUUCAUCACAUUUGCUGUAAAAUAUUUGAAAAAAAAAACCUGAAAGUGCAACACCUCGUCGAGCCUGAACAACCCUGGAAUCUUUAAGGUAGAAUGGCAAUUAUUACAUUUUUGUAUUCUUUUAUUACCAUCACUUCCUUUCAUUCCGACAAAUUCAGACUAUUCUUAGGAACUGCACAAAAUGUCACUUGUUGAUUGUUACUGAAUAUGUAUAACUGAUUGGUUUCAUCAAGGCCAAUGUAUUAGUUUUUGAGAAAUAAGUGGAAAUUACUGUAGACAACAGUACCUGUGGAUACGAAGAUGCUAAGAGCAUUGGCAGAUAGAUACAGGAAGUAGCAUCAGUAAAGAUGUGGUCAUUUUGUUUAGGAUAGUAUGUCGUGGUAAACCAUAUAAUUCAUUGCAUGGUGAAAAUAUGACCGUUGACCUCAAAGAUCUUGACCCCAAUGACGUUGACUGUCAUCCUAAUAAUUGACCUUUGACUGACCAUACCAGUGUAGUCCCACAAUCCACUUUGAUUCAUUGACCACUGCCAAAUUUAACCCUUCCUGGGUCCAUCUUCAUCCACAUACCAUGUUUGGUAUUAUUCAGUCAAAGGACUUGGGAAGACUAGGACAACAAAUCUGCAGACAGUCAAGACCUUGACCUCAAUGGUGGACCUCCAUUAUGUUUGGCCUUGUUUGGGGAAUUCCAGAACCCACCCUUGUGUGUGUGUGUGUGUGUGUGUGUGUGUGUGUGUGUGUGUGUGUGUGUGUGUGUGUGUGUGUGUGUGUGUGUGUGUGUGUGUGUGUGUGUGUGUGUGUGUGUGUGUCAUGUUUGGUGCAAAUUAGAGUGAAAAUGAAAAAUUAAAUAAACCCAAUGACCUUGAUUCCAAGGAUUGACCCUUGGCAAAUUUGCACUCGCCUGAGUAAUUCAUCCACCUACGUAUGUGCGCCACAUUUGUUGGAAUUUUUUUUUUUUUUUUUUUUUGACUGAUCUUUGACCCCAUCAACCUUGACUUUUGCCAAAACAAAUCCUUUAUGGGUAAUUGCAGGGAUGACCUUCAUUCAUAUAGCAGUUCUGGUGAAAAUUGACCCCCGGAUCUGGGAUGAGUUGGGGAACAAAUAGAUAAUAAACAAUGCUAAAAUUAUAGUAUGUUUAAAAAAAAAAAAAAAAAAAGAAGUCUACAUCACUUUGGAAAAUAAAAAAAACAUGAUCCAGAAGCCAAAUGUGGAUCGUGGUCAGUAUCAACAUUUAAACUGUUACGUAUUCUGAUAAGAUUGAGCACAAUCUCACAAUGCAAAAGAAAGUUUAGAAAUGCAUUGUAUUAAUACGCAUUAGUUAAGUUGUACUAAAGUGCAUAUGUACGUUAUGUUUUAAUAAGACUAUAUGCAUUAACAGCAUAAUAAUCAUGUUUAUUGUUACAUAGACAUUCAUAACCACCUAAAAUAAACAUGUUGACAAGUCAUAAACUGAUUAAGGAUGUCACUAAAAACCCCUAUGACUGUC